AAAAUCUCUUUAAAAAAAUUCAAAGUCUCUCAACUGUGGGUUCCAAGAGGAAUGAACCAAGACAAAGUGGAGCAAGGCAAAAGCAAUUUCACCGAUGUAGCUAACUCAGGAUCCAGCUAUCUGGGCUUCCUCUGGGGCUCCUCGGCCCCGGUAGCACACGCAGCUUGUCUUCUAAGUUCUGGCUGCCUCUACUCUACCACGGCUGCUGCUGGUCUUGGUGGUCAUCCCAUGGUCCUGGCGUCUCCAAAGCACUGUGGUCUCUGUGCAACUGGGCUGCACUUUCACCAGUAGCCUGUCAUGGGAUCCCUUCAUGGUGCCAAGACUCAACUUCUUUGCAUGACCCUUUCAUUCCGGGGCCAUCAACUGCCACUGUGGACGCACCUUCACCAGUGGCUCUCCUGGCCUCUCGAAGUGCCGAGCCCAGCCGCUCUCCAUGACCCCUCCCUCCAUGCUUUCCAAACCAGUACCACCUGGAUGACUCUUACUAAGUUUGGCUGCCUGAGGUACAGCCUCGGCCACCUCUGGAACACGGCUGUGUGCUGGCCCUCAGGAAACACUCCCCGGAAGACUUCACCUCAGUGACGCUGGUCUCUUCUGUCUUUCUUUUCUUCACGUGGAUGGACUAGAACCACAGACCCUUGUUCAGAAUUGCAGAUGGCCCCCAUGCGGUCUUCACUCCCUGUGAGCCUCACAGGCCUGGUUUCUACCAGGUGCCCCGCACCCUCUGGGAAAGCAUCUCCCGAACUCUCUUGACAGCUUUUCAGUCCUCCAGUCCUCCGUAGAAUGCUCAGGUCUGUCUCAGCAACUCCUCAUGAACCUGGCACCAAUCGGUCUUAGUCAGGGUUACUGUUGCCAUGGGUUACUGUUGCCAUGAUGAAACGCCAUAGCCCAAAGAAGUUGGGGCACAAAGUGUUUAACUCAGCUUAUGACUUCACACCACUGCCCCUUAUUGAGAACAAGCUGAUGCAGAGGCCCAUUUACUGGCUUGCUCCCCAUGGCUUGCUCAGCCUGCUUAUAGAACUCAAGACCACCAGCCCAGGGAUGGCACCACCCACAGUGGUGCCCACCCAUCACUAAGAAGACGCCCUACAGGCUUGCCUACAGCCUGAUCUUAUGGAGGCAUUUUCUCAACUGAGACUCCUUUGUGAUGACUUUAGCCCAUGUUGACUUGACAUGAAGCUACUCAGGAAAACAUGGGUCCACUCCCUGUCCCUUGGAGACACUCCGAAGGCCUCUGCCUGUCACCAAGACCACAACUCCAUCAGCCAGCAGCAGCCGGGUCUUCUAGGUAUCACCUGGCACCCCUCUGGCAGCUCCUGAUCUAGGCUCAGUUUUUGAACUCUGGAUGGUUACCAUGGUGAUAACCUCUAGUCGCUCAGGAUCCCCGUGGGCCUGGGAACCCUCAGCAGUGACACCAGUUUUUAUAGAUACAGGGAUCUCACAGUGACACUACAGAAUGUCAGGGUAACACACCUUCAGCACCUCCUGCUUCCACCUGGAUUCUCUGAUGUGUCUCAAGUAGCCAGGGAUUUUCUAAGCUGCCACUGGGGCCACACCCCGUGGGUAGAGUAUGUGGCUUUGGGUUGGGUUCUUAGUGCCACGAGACCCCUCAAACAGAAUCACAUCCCCAGCCUCUCCAGAGGGCUUCCAUGGUACAGACGGCCAUAACUGGUGGCUGUUGGUGCCAUCUACCCAGCGAUUGAGGCAGUGGGGGGGGGGGUCCUACCUAGAAUAAGGGUCUGGAGAGAUGGCUAGGGGUUCAGAGCAGCGCUGCCCUUGCAGAGAGCGUGGGGUGAUUCACUGUUUCUGCCUUCAGUUCUGGAGCCUGGAGCUCUCUGCUGGCCUCUGGGCAUCACCCACACAAGCAAUGUAAGCAAAACAUCCAUAUGCACAAAACUAAAAUAUCCCGGAACAGCUGGGGCACCAGGCCUGCAGCUGUGACUGGAUAUCAAGCCAUACAGGGGAGACAGCAUUGCACUUGCUGUAAGUUCCUGGUGCAUCUGUAUGAAGACCCGAGUUCAAAUCCCCAGUGUCCAUGUAAAAUAUCAGUUAUGGUGAUGCACACCUAUGUUGCUGAUGCUGGAGAGACUGACACAAAGGCUCCCUCAGCUUGUUGACCAGAUCUCGUUAGUGCAAGCUCUGGGACAGUGAUUCUGGUCUGGCCCCAUAGCAGAGAGGGGCUGGCCUGGCCCAGUCCCUGCUCUGGGGGUCAUGAACCACGGGGACUCAGCUAACCCACCCUCUCUUUUGUGUUCUGCUGGCUCUAGCACCCAGUCGUCCUCCACUUUCCCCCUCCCAGCUACUGGGGCCAGCUACACUGUGCAGUCUACCCCCAAAAUGGAGAGCACCGCCAGCCUGGCCCUGGCCCCUGCCAGCCAGCCGCCUGCACCUGGAGGAGGAGUCGCAGUGGGGUAUAGCUGCUCCCAGCCCCACGCCAGCCAGGGUCCCACAUCCAGCAGCCAGCCCCGGGGUCCUGUGCCUACCUCUGCAUCCGCCCACCAGGAGGAUGGUCACAGCUACCGAGAGAAGGCGACCAAGAGCCGCACAGACUCACGGGAGCGGCCAGCCAGGUCGCUCUGCAGGCCAGGACCAAGCUCCCGCAGCCCUGACUCGGACUCAGUGUCGCCCGGCCCGCAGCGUCCUCCGCCCUCCUCCCAGCGGAAGUUGCAGGCACCGUCCCCACCGCCGGCUCCUGUGGGCUCGGACCCGUGGGGUGGCCCUGUCCUCGGGCCCUGGGACCCCACCUUUACCAGCGACGCGCUGCCGUUCCUGGACAGGCUGCCGAAGCCCAAGGCGGGCCCCAGACCGCCCUCCAUGCACUACUGCGAGGUCUGCAGGGUCAGCUGCGCGGGGCCGCAGACCUAUCGGGAUCACCUGGAAGGGCAGAAGCACCGGAAGAAGCAGGCGGCUCAGAGGACCAGCACACAGCCCAGUGGAGGCCCUAGAGGAUCCCAGAGCCUCCACUGUGGCCUGUGCGCUGUGUCCUGCACGGGGGCUGACGCCUAUGCCGCACACAUGAGGGGAGCCAGGCACCAGAAGUUUCUGGCAGGGCCACCUGAGCUGCAGACAAUGCACGGCCGACCUGGAGACAGGCGGCUACCACACUUCAAGGUGGAAGCCACCAGGGGAGGCCCUGGGGAAGCUUCGGGGAGCUCCGGAGACAUGGCACCAGUGGGCACAGAGUACGUUGAGGAGGUGUGCAGUGACGAGGGGAAGGUGAUCCGCUUCCGAUGCAAGCUCUGCGAAUGCAGCUUCAACGACCGGAAUGCCAGAGACAUGCACCUGACUGGUCGCCGGCACCGGCUGCAGUACAGGAAGAAAGUGGAUCCUACUCUUCCAGUAGCUGCCCGGCCCAGUGGCCCCAUGCAGAGGGUGCUGGCCAAGCGGCUGCAGAGGCAGCGGCAGCAGGCACAGACACAGCUGGAGGAUACGAGGCGCUGGGACUCUGAGCUGAGGCAGCAGGAAGAACACAGCAGGCAGCCUGAGGAGACUCCGCAGCCCCAGGUUGAGGAACAGCUACCAGGGUUUCCUGCGUGGGCGUUGCCAGCUCCCACUACCAGGCCAGGGAUGGCCACCGCCCGGCGCCAGUCAGGGCGUCGACCAGAGAGCAGCGACGACCGUCACGUCAUGUGCAAGCACGCCUCCAUCUACCCCACGGAAGAAGAGCUGCAGGCCAUCCAGACGGCCGUGUCCCACACAGAGCGAGCCCUCAGACUGGUGUCAGACACCCUGGCGGAAGAGAGCAGCCAGCACGGCACCCUGGCGUCUCCACCACCGAGGAUGCUGAAGGGUGUGGUGCGGGUUGGCAUUCUGGCCAAGGGCCUGGUCCUCCGUGGGGACCACAGUGUGCAGCUGACCCUGCUCUGCUCCAAGAAGCCCACGCACUCCCUGCUGCAGAGGAUCAAGCAGGAGCUGCCCCGAGAGCUGUCUAUCGUGGCAGAAGACAAGUACGAGGUCUCAUCUGACCGUGACGCCAACAUUGUCAUCUCGGCCUGUGUGGAGCCCGGGGUGAAGGUCACUGUGUCUGCCACCUCACCUCUGAUGCGGGAAGAUCCCUCUGUAAAACAAGGACAGCAAGACGCUCUGUCUGACCCAGAGGACGUCCUAGACCGGGAGAGGUGCCUUGAGACCCUGGCAGCCCUCCGCCAUGCUAAGUGGUUCCAGGCUCGAGCCAGCGGCCUGCAGCCAUGUGUGAUCGUCAUCAGGGUUCUGAGGGAGCUGUGCCGCUGCCUGCCCCCCUGGGGGGCCCUGCCUGCCUGGGCCAUGGAGCUGCUUGUGGAGAAGGUUCUGAGCAGUGCACCCCGGCCCCUGAGCCCAGGGGAUGCCAUGCGUCGGGUCCUGGAGUACGUGGCCACCGGCGCGCUCCUGACAGAUGGCCCGGGGCUACAGGACCCUUGUGAGAAAGGUCCGCAGGACGCCCUGGAGCCCAUGACCCCACAGCAGCGAGAAGACCUGACGGCCAGCGCGCAGCGUGCCCUGCGUCUUGUGGCCUUCCGGCAGAUACACAAGGUCCUUCACAUGGAACAGUUACCUCCACGGACCAGAUUCGGGGCCGGGGCCCGGGCCCGGAAGAGGAUGAGGGAGGCUAGUCAGGCCCAGGAGGGCACCAGGGAGAGGAAGCGGGGCCGGCAGGGCACAGCAGGGCUGCCUUGAGCCAGUCAUCACCACCAACCUACACCUCCCAUACCUGAACAGGUGUGGUCCCUCCAGCUGCUGGCUCCUCCUGAUGUGGAUGCCUUUGUCAUUGUGUUUGUAGGUUUAUUUACGACGCUAUGGGGGUCCCCCUGGGUGACCCCCAUGCUUAUGGCUGACACCCACAACCCCCAGGCCAGAUAGCAGUGACCUCCUUGGUUUUAAUUGCUAUUUGAAACUCCCUUAAUGUCAUAAGUGAAUGGGAUCUGAAUUGCCUCCUUGAGAUGCCAGGAAGGGUGGCCUGGAAGAUUCUAUGGGUCACAGAGUUGGGGUAGAGGAGCAGAGAGCACAGAAUGAGAUUCCCCAGGCCCAAAACCCACCAUAACCUUUACACAGAGCCCCUCACUGCACACCAGCUGUGAGGACACUGUCAUCCCACAGUGCAACCCCAGCCCCAGUCACUGAGUGCCUUCCGCAGAUGGCCGACUCUGCCCCAUGUCACCCUGUGGACCACUGGGUGUGGACACAGCUCUAUCCAUUAGGCCUCCUUUGCCUCCUUUGGACCCCCUGGUAUCACCCCUAGGCUUCAACCCUGUUCCGUUCUACCUGUGGCUUUUAAAGGCCAGCCCACACAUUGCGCAAUGCCUGGAGUCUGUAGAAUCAUCCAGAACUUGACUGGGGUGGGGAAUAAAGCAGAUCUGCCCAUG